GUCUGGGGUGUGGACUUGAAGAAGAGGGCAGGGCAAAAGUGGGCGGACUGGUCGUGUCCAGUGUUUGUGCAUUUAGACUCUGAGUUCGAAAGUAUUCUCCCUCGAGUGCAGGAGGAAUUACACUUGCAGAGACAGACAGCCGACAGUCAACACACAGUCACCAUGCUGAUCCUCCUCGCUGCCAUCUUUGCCCUUCACAUCCUCGGCGUCAUCCUCCUCCUGGUGGCUACGAUUGACAAUGCCUGGUGGAUGACUGACACCAUCUCCACGGACGUGUGGGCCCGGUGGAUUCUGGAAAACGGAAAGUGGAAUUACACCGAUCUGCCCACAGGCUCACACUACCCACAAGAUUACCUCCAGGCAGUACAGGCUAGCUCGGUCCUGGCUUGCAUCUUCUCCAUCCUGGGCAUCUUCGUGUUCGUGGCCCAGCUCUUCACCCUCGACAAAGGAAAGAGGUUCACCAUCUCCGGCAUCUUUCAGUUGCUCGCCUGCCUGUGCAUCAUGAUCGCAGCCUCCAUCUACACAGACCGCUUCCACAUCGACGAGAAAGACGGCUGGUACGGUCACUGCUUCAUCCUGGCGUGGAUCGCCUUUGCGCUCACGUUCAUCUCCUCCAUCGUUUAUUUUGUGCUACGCAAAAAGACAGCAUGAGAGGGACACUAGUGCUCGCUCCAAACCAGCCCACCUCCUUUUUGGCUGGAUCUACUCUUUCGGCGAAAAAUCUGGGCUAAGUUGGGUUAGAGUUUUUAUGUUAGCCUGUUUUGGACACCAGAUUUGAGCUGCUCGUGUAAAUUCAGCCACAGAUAUAGCAGACCUGUUGCUCCUAUUGAAUACAUCCUAACUUUGAUUGAGCCUGCUUUCAGAUGAUCGGGGUUUCAGUCUUUUGGUUAUUUAUGCAGUGAGAGGCAAGUUCAAUCAAUCUCUGUAUGUAUUUGAGUGCAUUUUCAACCCGGAGUUUGGCCUGGACCUCUUGUGGGCAAUUUAGGAUUAAGGAUAUGUCUUAUGUAGUUAUCUGAACAAGAAAAAGGCCUUAAUGUUUAUAAGAUGAUAUGAUAGAUAAAGAUCUGACAUUGUGUCUGGCUUGUAAGCAAAGCAGGUUGAAGAGAAAAACCUGUGGUCUUUUUUAUAUUGUACAUUUAUAUAAGGAUAUGAGUGUCAGAUAUAGAAAAAAAAGGUGUGAGUUUAUGAUUUGAGUAUAUUGAUGUUGUUUUUUCCUCGAUAUUGUAUUGUUGGUAUUGUCACCUGCUCUGUUCUGACUUUAUAUAACAUGCCACUAAUUAAACAGAGUGUACUGUAACUACAACACAAUGCCCUCGGUUUCCAAAGUGCUUGGUAAAUCUGUGCCUGUAUUUAAAGUCCAUAUACAUGCCACGGGUAGAUGUGUGUUCACACCGAAAUAAAAGUGAUAACCAGUGGAACUUUGUCAAAUGUAUUGACCUCCACAUUUGUGAGAAUUGCAAUCAUUUGUAUUCAGCCCAACACAACAAUACUUGACCAUUUGAAGUUACACUCAUGCAUACUAUGAAUCGUGAAUCAACUAAUAAAUCCAAGCAUAUACCAGUAACAUAUAGAGCUUUCAUAUCAUUUUGGUCUAAACAGCUCUCUUUCUACAUGAUGUGACAGAAAGGCAACUGCUUUGACUCUUAAAGUGUGAGAUAUAAUGUGUAAAUAUGUUCUGUUUCCGAUGAUGAUCCAUAUGUCUUAUGAUUUGAUUUUUCCUUUUUGCUACCGUUAUUUCUCAUUAUUGGUGACAAUGAUUUUUACAAUAUUAAAACUUGAUUUUCAACCAGUUA